AUGUCUGCAGAUCUAGAUACUAAUCUCUUUCGCCCACUGAAAGUUGGUCGCAUAGAAAUCAAACAGCGAAUCGCCAUGGGCCCCCUGACCCGUGUCCGUUGCAACAACAAGGGUGCAGUCCCCAAUGAUCUGAUGGUCGAAUACUACGAGCAACGGGCCUCGAGCCCUGGCACGCUUAUUAUCAGCGAAGCCACUUUCAUUACCCCACGAGCCGGUGGGUUCAGAAACGUUCCUGGGAUUUGGUCCAAGGAACAAAUCGAAGGCUGGAAAAAGGUAACAUCUGCAGUCCACGCUAAAGGAUCUUUUAUCUACAUGCAGUUGUGGGCUCUUGGAAGAGCUGCAGGUUAUGAUUACCUCACAAAGGAACUUGGUUACGAUUAUGUGUCAUCAUCCAAUGUCCCUGAUCUUACCAAUAGCGCUGGACCAUUGACAAAAGAAAAGGGGAAGCAUAUUCCUCGCCCUUUGACCAUUGCUGAAAUUAAGCAGUAUGUUAAGGAUUAUGCCCAGGCCGCUAAGAAUGCAAUUGAAGCCGGCUUUGAUGGCAUUGAAAUCCACAGUGCCAACGGGUACAUCUUGGAUCAGUUUAUCAGACACACAGCUAACAAGCGAACCGACGAGUAUGGAGGUUCUGUGGAGAACCGGGCCCGGUUCACUUUGGAGGUUGUUGACGCCAUUGUUGCAGCAAUUGGAGCAGACCGCACAGCCAUUCGACUGAGUCCAUUUGAAAAGUUUGGCGGUAUGUCCAUUACCCAUAACUCGAUUCCGCAGUUUUCGUAUUUGAUUGAGCAGCUUGAACUUCGCGGGCUUGCAGACGGUGGCAAAAAUAGACUGGCGUAUAUCCAUAUUGUGGAGAACAUUGUGCGUGGAAAGGAUUCCAAGGGCAACGGCACUAUUCUUCAUCCUAUUGAGUUUGUACGAUACAUUUGGACCGGUGUAUGGAUCCGCACACAAGGGUACAAGCGUCAGACCGCUAUUGAUGCGGCCGAUAAAGAUGAUAAGGUGAUUAUUGGGUUUGGAAAGGGCUUUAUUGCUAAUCCUGAUUUGGUUCGAAGGCUCCGAGAAAACCUUCCUUGGAACCAGUGGGACAUUGAUACUUUUUAUACCCUGGGACCCAAGGGGUAUGUUGACUAUCCAUUUUACAGUGAUAGUUCCAAGGCCAAACUUUAG